AUCAAAUUCUUUGUUAAAUUAAUUCUAAUUCUUUGGAGAAUUAAAGAUUUGAAUUUAAUUCGGUGAAUUAUCUGCGGAAUUUAUGGUGAAAACUUGACGGUGACGGCGAAAAGCAAAAACGAAUCGUGAGGGUCGAGAAUUGUUUUCUUUUGGAUCGGAUUUGGAUCGAUACUUUGAAAAAGAUACUCUGGUUUCUAUGGUAAAAAAUAAAAGACCGGGUUGUUGGUUCCAAUGUUUUGUUUGAUUGUCAAAUUUAUUUUUAUUAAUUAACUUUUAAUUGUCGAAUAUUUUGUAUUCAAUUUACUGGUGGAAAGUUUAACGUUGAUCUCACAAUCAUGUCUGCUGAUAUCAAACCGAAUCAUACGAUUUAUGUUAAUAAUCUUAAUGAUAAAAUCAAGAAAGAAGCGUUGAAGAAAUCCUUACAAGCGGUUUUCUCACAAUUUGGACAAAUUUUAGAUAUUGUGGCGAGCAAAAAUCUCAAAAUGAGAGGACAAGCUUUUAUAAUCUUUAAGGAAACUACUUCUGCUGCUUCAGCAAUGAGAUCAAUGCAAGGUUUUCCAUUCUAUGAUAAACCAAUGAGAAUACAAUAUGCUAAAUCAGACUCAGAUGUAAUUGCUAAAAUGAAGGGAACUUAUGUUGAAAGACCAAAAUAUUCUAAACCAGAUGAACCAAAACGCCGUAAAAAGGAAAAAAGAAUUGGAAUCAGUGUACCUGGUCAAACAGUUGGUGGAAUUCCUCAUUCAGCAUUAGUCGAACAACCUCCAAACAAUAUUCUAUUCAUUACCAAUCUUCCCGAAGAGACAAAUGAAAUGAUGCUCACAGUUCUUUUCAAUCAAUUUCCUGGUUUUAAAGAAGUUCGAUUAGUUCCAGGUCGCCAUGAUAUCGCUUUCGUAGAAUUUGAAAAUGAAUUUCAAUCUGGUGCGGCUAAAGAUAAUUUACAAGGGUUCAAAAUUGCCCCAACCAACCCGAUUAAGAUCACUUUUGCCAAAAAAUGAAAGAUACCAACUCCAAAAGAGACCAGAAAUUACACCAUAAACCACAUCUCACAAAAGGAAAGGAAGAGAGAAAAAAAAACCUCAACGAAAUAUCCAAUUUUUACAUAUGAAAUUAUCCAUAAACAAAAAUAUUAUAAAUCUUUCUCUCUAAACAACCAUCAUAAUUGACCAACUUUCCCAAUGUGUUAAUUAUCUCACUUUAACUAACAAUCCCAUUAACAUUAACACACACCAAAGUUACAACUAAAAAUGGGAACCAUCAAGAAAUCACCAAACUUCAAAUUUGAUGGUAAACAAAAAAAAACCGAGAGACUAAAAAAAGAAGAUCAACUUAAACAAGAAAGAAAGUGAAUAAACCUUUAAAUAGAUUUAUUCCUGUGUAUUGGUGUGUUCCCUAUGUGUAUCUAAACCCUCACAUAGAAGAAACAAAAACAAAACAAUUAAAUUAAUUACCCUAAAUAAAAACAAAAACGUAAACAAUUAACCAAA